AUGCACACACUUGAUAUUCAUCAACACCAUAAUGAUAAUAAAAUGUCUCUUGAAACAUAUGAACCACCAGUAAUACCUGAACAGAAAAAAACAGUUCAUUCAAAUCCGAAUUCUGCAUGGCGUUUAAAUAAUACAGCGGAUGAUAAUCGACGACGUCCAGUCGCAACAACAAUUGGUGGAAAUUUAAAAUCAGCUUUUGAUGAACGUUCAAUAUUUCCAAAAUAUAUUUUGGAUUAUGAAAACAAACAACGGCAAUUAUUUGAAUUGACAAACCAAUCGCAGCCAUCAAAUACCAUAUCAUCACCAACAACUAAUACAAAUCCUCCAGUGCAUAUGCGUCAAGCAGCUGAUACAUUAUUGAAAUUAAAACGACAAAGCUCAACAUCAACUCCCCUCAAUGACCAAAAAGCCCAGUGA